UUCCAUCAGCCUACUUGCUUCUGAAAUGAAUACCAAGUUGCGCGUUACUUUGCUCAUCUUUAUCUCAUACAUUUUGAGUGAUUCUCAUUCUUAUCGAUGGCCACCACCAAAUGUCUAUAUGACUACUUGGGAUAAAGUCAACUUGGAUGAAGUUCUUGCUUGCAAAAAACUUCUUCAUCAUUACUUCACUUGUCUAAUGGGUCAGGGACCUUGUCCACCAGAUGGCCGUGAGCUUAAAAAAAUAUUACCAGAAGCUUUAAGAAAUGCUUGUGCUAAAUGUUCAAAAAGCCAAGAAGAAGGUGCAAUUAAAAUAAUAAAAUAUUUACGAAAAUAUGAACCAAAGAAAUUUGAAACACUGGCAAAUAAAUAUGAUCCAAAAGGUAUUUAUAGAUGCCGUUACCUUGCAACCAAUUGUGACACUUCCACCUUAUAACACUCUUCAUCUUUAUUUAAGGCACAAUUUUUAUCUUUUAAUAGAUAUUUCCUUUGUUUAUAACUUGAUUGCAUAAUACGCAUUGUUACCUUACUUAUUUAUUGCU